UUGGGUCUGGGCAGGUCUCUUCCGCCGAGGCACGCGGGUGCUACUCGCAGCCCUGAGCAGCGCAGGAAUGAGCCCGAAGAGGACUUCUACGUCUCCACCGAAUCACCCCUGAGGCUGGAGGAGACCGCUCGCAGCGGGGGGCCGCAGCCCCCAGCCUCACCACCAAAAAAACAGGCCGCGCCCGGCUCCGAGCCCCCAGGCAGCUUCGUGGAUGUGCGCAGCCCCCUCCUCAUACAGCAGCAGUUCGACGCGGAGCAGAAGGGGAUUGGGAUGGUGCGAGAGCGCAGAGGAGAUGGAGACACUUGGAUGGAAACAACUACCCCGGUCGCUACCCCUGCGCCCAGAGACGCUUCCCCAUCCUGCGACCCCUCCGUGAAGCCUCCUGUGCAAGAGGAAAGCCCGCCCGUGGUGGAGACAGCCAGCAGCACGUCCUCCGUGCCCACGAAGGAGAAAGUGCUCCCGGCCUCGGUGGAUCCUCUCCCGACUGUUCCACGAAGCUUUGAAGGCACGUCUGUGAGGCCGGCCUUGCGGGUGAGCUCUGCCACGAGCAUCUGGGCACCUUGCAGCAGUGUGGAGAGGGAUGCGGAGCUCAGCAAGCCGGGCGUCCUCCUCUCCACGACUUGGGAGAGCCCAGAGGCGGCCGGUAGAUGCCUGAGCUCUCGGGGGCCCGGUGGCCCCUAUUCCAGGGCGUCCGACAGCCUCACCUUCCGCAGCGACCCGCUCAUGGUGAGCACGGAUAGCUCGAGCUCAGGAGAAGUGCUCUCCGGAGUCUCCGUGGGAUGUCCGGCUCCAGCGGCUCGUGAAGACCCCAGGGGAGAGGAGGCAGCCGGAGCAAGUGGACGCUCCCGUCCGCCUCCCAGCUGGAACAGCACCUCCCUGGGCACCCAUGAGGUCUGCGUGGACCACUACCCCAGCACCCAGCUCGGGGCAGGCAGCGACCUCCGAGACGGAGCCGAUCCCCUUGGAAACUCUUCAGUUUUUGACUCUAGCAGGGACCAUGACACUGCGACCGGCUCGUCUCACGCCGCCAAAGUUCCCCCAGGUGACGGCAGCGGACCGUCCCUCUCGUACAUCGUUCCCGCUGUGGGCAUCGCUGUGAUUUCAGCUGUGGCCUUUCUGGUGUACGCUCGAUUGCAGAAGUAG